ACUUGGGAAUGGAGAGCAGGAAAUUCCAUUUUUCCUGCUUUAAUUCCUCAAUUUUGAGUGAGUUUGGGGCUGUUGAUGAUCCCAUAACUGCCUGUAACAAACUAGAGAAUGGAGAGCAGGAAAUUCCGAUUUUUCCUGUUUAAUUCCUCAAUUUCAGACGAGUUUGGGGCUGUUGAUGAUCCCCAAAUCGCCCCCGGGGCUGUGAGGCGCUCCUGACUCAGGGAGGAAGCGGGAGGGUGUUUUUUGAAGGGCUGGGUGUGGAUCCUGACGGUUCUUAGCAACCAAACAAACACUGCCAGGGCAGAAACUCAAAUUUCACCCCGGGCAAAACGAAAAACAACAACCAAAAAAAAAAAAAAAAUUAAAAAAAAAUCUAUUUUUUUGGGGUGAUGUUUUCUCCUCUGGGGUUGUCCUUGUGAGGAUUUUGGGACUGAGAUUUCUGAAGGGAAGGGAAAUCUCAGGGAGGAUCAUUUUUCUGACCCUCCCCAAGCUGUGUCCUCUUCAAGUGUCCCUCAUAUUUUUAGGGAUUUCAACCCAAAUUUCCGAUUUCUCCUGGGGUUGGAGAAGUUUGGAGAAUUAUGGAAUGGUUUGGGUUGGAAAAGACCUUAAAUCCAUCUCAUUCCCAAGUUCCUGGGAACAGGCAGUGAUGAUAAAGCUGGUGGGGGCAACAUCUCCAGGCAAGGCAGAAAAUACUGAUUUAAUUUUAAUUUUAAUGUGGAAAAUUACUUUAAAAAAGAGGAGAGGGGGAGAAAAUCUGUUUUGGUUAUGGAUUGUUCUCAGGCCAGGCUUGAAGCCAUCAAUGAGUGUCAUUCCAUGGCUGGAGUCCUCCCAGAAACCUUCUAUUUCCUCCCCAAAAUCUUCUCAUUCCUGCCAAAAACCUUCUCCAUCCUCCCCUAACCUUCUCAUUCCUCCCCAAAACUUUGUCAUUUCUCCCCAAAACCUUUUCAUUCCUCCCAAAAACCUUCUCCAUCCUCCCCAAACCUUCUCAUUCCUCCCCAAAGCCUUCUCCAUCCUCCCCAAAUCUUCUCAUUCCUCCCCAAAACCUUCUCAUUCCUCCCCAAAAUCUUCUCAUUCCCCCAAAAGUCUUCUCAUUCCUCCCCAAAACCCUCUCUUUCCUCCCAAAAACCUUUACUCCCAAAAACCUUCUGAUUCCUCCCAAAACCUUCUCAUUCCUCCCCAAACCUUCUCUUUCCUCCACAAAACCUUUUAUUGCCUCCCAAAAACUCUUCUCAUUCCUCCCAAAACCUCAUUCCUGCCCAAAACCUUCUUCCAUCCCAAAAACCUUCUAUUUCCUCCUAAAACCUUCUCAUUCCUUCCCAAACCUUCUCAUUCCUCCCCAAAACCUUCUCAUUCCCCCAAAAAUCUUCUCACUCCUCCCCAAAACCCUCUCUUUCCUCCCAAAAACCUUCUUUACUCCCAAAAUCCUUCUGAUUCCUCCCAAAACCUUCUCAUUCCUCAUAAAACCUUCUCAUUCCUCCCCAAAUCUUCUCAUUCUUCCUAAAACCUUCUCAUUCCUCCCCAAACCUUCUCUUUCCUCCCCAAAACCUUUUAUUGCCUCCCAAAAACCUUCUCAUUCCUCCCAAAACCUCAUUCCUGCCCAAAACCUUCUUCCAUCCCAAAAACCUUCUCAUUCCUCCUAAAACCUUCUCCAUCCUCCCCAAACCUUCUCCAUCUUCCCCAAACCUUCUCCAUCUUCCCCAAACCUUUGUAAUUAUGACCCAAAUCCCAAACCUUUGGCUCCAGGCAGGGAUAACCCAGCCUAAAACUCCUCCCCAAAAUAACCCCAAACCUUCAAUCCCAACAUCCCCCCAAGCUUUAAAUCCCAACCAAACCCCUCCUUCCCUCAUCCCAAAGAUUUUUAUGGGAAUUCUCUCGGCGUGUCCGAUUCCUGCCAGAACGUGCCCGUGCAUAAAUUACAAAUUUGUGUUUGAAAAUCCACUUUGAUCCCGUCCGGCAGCUCCCAAAAACGACUCCUGGAGUCAACUGGAGCUUCUUGCUCCAUUAAUCCCGGGAAAAAAACCGGGAUUUGGUGUUUGAUGAUAUCCCUGGAGCGGCUGAUCCCUGGUUUCUGCUCACUCAUGCAUAUUCAUGAGAUGGAAAUCACCUUUCUGCCCCGGGCACGAGGAGGGUUGAGGGAGCUCGUUCCAAAAUUUACCUUCCCAAAUGUCCAAGGGUGGGUUUUACAUCCCCUAAAUAUUCCCAAAAUGUCCAAGGGUGGGUUUUACAUCCCCUAAAUAUUCCCAAAAUGUUCAGGGUGGAUUUUACCUUCCCUAAAGAUUCCCAAAUGUUCGCAGAUGGAUUUUAUAUUCCCUAAAUAUUUCCAAGUGUUCAAGGGUGGAUUUUAUUUUCCCGAAAUAUUCCCAAAUAUUCGAGGGUGAAUUUUACCUUUCCUAAAUAUUCACAAAAUGUCCAAGGGUGGGUUUUACAUCCCCUAAAUAUUCCCAAAAUGUUCAAGGAUUGAUUUUUACCUUCCCUAAAUAUUCCAAAUCUUUAUCUUCCCAAUCAAAAAGGUGGAUUUUACCUUCCCAAGACUCCCAAAAUGUCUGAGGGUGGGUUUUACCUUUCCUAAAUAUUCCCAAAAUGUCCAAGGGUGGAUUUUACCUUCCCUAAAUAUUUCCAAAAUGUCCAAGGGUGGGUUUUACAUCCUCUAAAAAUUCCCAAAAUGUUCAAGGGUGGAUUUUACCUUCCCUAAACAUUCCCAAAACGUUCCAGGAUGGAUUUUACCUUCCCUAAAUAUUUUCAAAAUGUUCAAGGGUGGAUUUUACCUUUUCUAAACAUUCCCAAAAUGUUCAAGGAUAGAUUUUACCUUCCCUAAACAUUCCCAGAAUGUCCAAGGGUGGAUUUUACAUCCCCUAAAUAUUCACAAAAUGUUCCAGGAUGGAUUUUACAUCCCCUAAAUAUUCCCAAAAUGUUCCAGGAUGGAUUUCAGGGAAAUCAGAGUUGAUUUUUCUGUGGCUGUUUAAAGGAGUUGAGUGACCGCUAAUUAUAGUCCACUCCCAGCAUCCCAAAAAAACGCUGGAUUCCAGAGCAGCUCCUCAAGUUUUUGGAUGACCCAAAGGUCUCGUGUUGGGUCAUCGCCUACUUCUGCUCAUUUUCCAGAAUCCUGCUCUGAAUUUGGCCAGGAAUAUAAAUAUCCAGGAAUGUUAAACACGGCUCGUGGCCAGUAAACAGCCACCGAACACGGACGGCAAAAUCCCGGAGUGGAAAUUCCUGUUUAUCCCAUCCUCCAGGAAAAAUAGCUGGAAAAGGGGUGGUUCAGGUGGCUGGUGAUUCCUGGGAAAUGGGAUUUCAAACUGGGAAUGGGGAUGGGAGGACCGGAUGCUUCCGUUUGCCCACACGGGGUUAAAACGUCGCAGAUUUUUUGAAGGAUUCGGAUCCAGGCACGCUCCAGGAUCUGGGAAAACCGGGAAAAUUGGGCAAACUUCCUGCUGAAGGAAUAUCCGACUCCAAUCUCCUCCUCUCCAGCCAGGGGCAGAACUGAGAUCUUGGAUUCCUGGCUUUUGGAUUAGGGACGGAACGGAGCCAUCCCAGAGUUUCCUGUGAAUGGUUGGGAUUGGUGGCACAGCUCGACCACGGUGCCCGAAGGAUUCUCCAGCUGAUGAUGGGCUGAAAAUCCCAAUCCUGCUGGGAUUUUUAUGUCUUCCUGCUGCUCCAACACCUCAUUUCCUUGAGGUUUUUCCAAGAGAAAAAGUCAGGAUCUGGUCACAUGUGUUCACCCUGGGGACGUGUUCAGCUCUUGGGGACAACAUUCCUAUACUGCCACAUUUUGGAAAGGUGUCAUUCCAACAAUCCAGUGUUUUUAUCCCUAAAAACUUCAAUCAGCCUGGAAUCUUGGAAUUGGGAUGUGCGUUUUCUUCCGAAUUCAUCCUUCGUUAAUCUCAAAUGUAUUGGAUGAUGCUUUGGGGCUGUUUUGGGAUGUUAUUUGGGAAAUAACAUAUUAGCGUGGCAAUAUCCCGGAGAGGAUUUUUAUUUAGUGGCAGCACUUCCAGGAAUAAAUUCCAAAACCAGGGAAUGUCACGGGGAUGAGGCUGUCCAGGACUCAAGGAACAGCUCUGUGGGAAUGAAAUCCCAGCAAAAAAGAGGAAAACAACGAGUGUUGGGUGAUUCUCUGUCAUUCCAGCUCUUCCCAGCUCCCUGAUUCCUGGAUAAUAGGAUAGGAGUCGCUGAGGGAUUUUGCUCCUGGAAGUGAAAAUCUCCAUGGGAAUCCAGGGCAGGAAUGCUGUGGAUACCCCCUGGCAGCAGAGCAGGAAGAACUGGUCUGGUGUCCGUGUCUGGGAUCCACGGCCCAGCCCGGCUGCGUUCCUGACAGGGAAGAGGGGAACACUGGGAGAUCUCUUGGACUGGAGGAUUCCAAGCUGGAAUAAGAGCGCAGGGUUUAUAGGGAAAUCCAUCAGUCUGGUUUGUCGCUCCUUCCUUUUCCCGUAUUUUGGAUUCUCUCCGAGGUUUCCCACGGCCUUGCUCAGGAUGGGUUUGCAUCCCAAUGAACUUGAGUAAAUUCAGGAUAUUCCCUCUUCCACGGCGGGAGCGGAGCAGAGGCAGGAACAGGAAUUUCCCAGGACACACCCAUCCUGGCCCGGAGCCAUCCCUGUCCCCUCAGGCAGGAACAUUUCCUCACCUGAGCCUUCAUCACCAGGAAUUCCUCACCUCCCGAGGUGUCACCAGCCAAUCCCGAGGACACCUCACGUCACCAAACGACCUUUGGGACACGGGACAUCCCGCCCAGAAAUAUUUUGGGUGUCACCUUGGUGUGACUCUGCCUCUGCUCAUCCCUGUUUUCAGUUGGACUUUUUCCAUCUCCCUGGAAAGAACUGAGCUCCUGGAUCUUUAGGUCAAGUUUAACAAAGGCUUGGACCUUGAAUAGAAAUUGGUUUGAUACUAAAAAAUUUGAUCCUAAAAAAUUUGAUCUGAAAAAAACUGAUCUGAAAAACUUGAUCCUAAAAAAAUUGAUCCUGAAAAAUUUGAUCCUAAAAAAUUUGAUCCUAAAAAAUUGAUCCGAAAAAAUUUGAUCCGAAAAAUUUGAUGCGAAGAAUU